AGAAAAGCAGGAGACUUGUAAAUGUUUCAUAAACUUCACUCUGGGCUCCGACCCUGGCUGGGAGCCCAUUCAUAAGCCCAGGCUGCAGAGGGGCAGGUGUUCUUGGUUUCUAUAGCAUCGCCCCAGGGAGAAGCUGACAGCGCCACCUGCGAGCUGAAGGAAGCAGGAGGGGCCAGGGCUGGCUUCAGAAACUCCUGCUGGUCUCAGGACCCCUCGUGCACUGGAGCUCACUUUAGCUUCUCCAGCCGGCCACAGCCAGGGAUACACAGCCAGGGAUACAGGCUGUGCUCAGUCUGAGCGAGGCUGCCCGAGACAGCUGUCACAGGCUGCUGCUCAGCCGGUAGCUUUUGCAAGGGACUGGAUUCCUAGCCAGCAAUUCCUCAACCAGCUUUGUUGACUCUGAAUCAAGAGGAGAAGGUUUUUCUCUUCUUAGAACAUCCGAGCUGGGGUUCCCCUCCUUUCUGAUUUUAAGUAGUUCCCUCCAUGAGAACUAAAUUUCAAGUGUUCCUCAAGGGCACACGCAGCGCCCCUGGGCUGGAGGUGCGAGAGGAUGACAGCUUCUGAGGUCGCCUGCUAAGGGCUCUGAGGUGCCUCCCCCAUCGCCCCCAUUCAAAAUGCCAUUUAACGCAUUUGAUACCUUCAAAGAAAAAAUUUUGAAACCCGGGAAGGAAGGAGUGAAGAAUGCCGUGGGAGAUUCGCUGGGGAUCUUACAAAGAAAACUCGAUGGGACCAACGAGGAGGGCGAUGCCAUUGAGCUGAGUGAGGAAGGGAGGCCCGUGCAGACAUCCAGAGCCCGCGCCCCUGUGUGCGACUGCAGCUGCUGUGGCAUCCCCAAGCGGUACAUCAUCGCUGUCAUGAGUGGCCUGGGAUUCUGCAUUUCCUUUGGGAUUCGGUGCAACCUUGGAGUGGCCAUUGUGGAAAUGGUCAACAAUAGCACUGUGUAUGUGGAUGGGAAACCGGAAAUUCAGACAGCACAGUUUAACUGGGAUCCAGAGACGGUGGGUCUUAUCCAUGGAUCUUUUUUCUGGGGUUAUAUUGUGACACAAAUUCCCGGUGGCUUCAUUUCAAACAAGUUUGCUGCUAACAGGGUCUUUGGAGCUGCCAUCUUCUUGACGUCAACCCUGAACAUGUUCAUCCCUUCCGCGGCCAGGGUGCAUUACGGCUGUGUCAUGUGUGUGAGGAUUUUGCAGGGUCUGGUGGAGGGUGUGACCUACCCAGCCUGCCACGGGAUGUGGAGUAAGUGGGCACCUCCCCUGGAGAGAAGUCGUCUAGCCACAACCUCUUUUUGUGGUUCCUAUGCUGGGGCAGUUGUUGCUAUGCCCCUUGCAGGAGUAUUGGUGCAGUACAUUGGCUGGGCCUCUGUCUUUUAUAUUUACGGGAUGUUUGGAAUUAUUUGGUACAUGUUUUGGCUGCUGCAGGCUUAUGAGUGUCCAGCAGUUCACCCAACAAUAUCCAAUGAAGAACGGACCUACAUAGAGACAAGUAUAGGAGAAGGCGCCAACUUGGCCAGUCUGAGCAAAUUCAACACACCAUGGAGAAGGUUUUUCACAUCCUUGCCUGUCUAUGCCAUUAUUGUGGCAAACUUUUGUAGAAGCUGGACCUUCUAUUUGCUCUUAAUAAGUCAGCCUGCUUACUUUGAAGAGGUCUUUGGGUUUGCCAUAAGUAAGGUGGGUCUCUUGUCAGCUGUCCCACACAUGGUGAUGACAAUCGUGGUACCCAUUGGAGGACAACUGGCUGAUUAUUUAAGAAGCCGGAAGAUUUUGACCACAACUGCUGUCAGAAAGAUCAUGAAUUGUGGAGGCUUUGGCAUGGAGGCAACCUUGCUCCUGGUGGUUGGAUUUUCCCAUACCAAAGGAGUGGCUAUCUCCUUCCUGGUGCUUGCUGUAGGAUUUAGUGGCUUUGCAAUUUCAGGUUUCAAUGUCAACCACCUGGACAUUGCUCCGCGCUAUGCCAGCAUCCUCAUGGGGAUCUCAAAUGGCGUGGGAACCCUCUCUGGAAUGGUUUGUCCCCUCAUUGUUGGUGCAAUGACCAAGCACAAGACCCGGGAAGAAUGGCAGAAUGUGUUCCUCAUAGCAGCACUGGUGCACUACAGCGGAGUCAUCUUCUACGGGGUCUUUGCUUCUGGGGAAAAGCAGGACUGGGCUGAUCCAGAGAAUCUCUCUGAGGAGAAAUGUGGAAUCAUUGACCAAGAUGAAUUAGCCGAGGAAACAGAACUCAACCACGACGCUUUCGUAAGUCCCAGAAAGAAGAUGUCGUAUGGAGCUACCACCCAGAAUUGUGAGGUCCAGAAGCCGGAGCAGAGACAACAGAGAGAAGCCGCCUUCGAGGGGGAGGAGCCAUUAUCCUACCAGAAUGAAGAGGACUUUUCAGAAACAUCUUAACGUCCAUCUUCCCCUCAGCUUACAACCAGAAGUCUCCACACCCAUUGCUUUUCCCAUACCUCGGCCUUCCAGGGGGCCAAAUCACAGGAAAGGGGGAGACUAAAUCAACAACAGAGAAGAAAAAUGCCUUCUUACAAAGAUGGGCGUAUGGAUCUUGGUCUCAGUUAAUUAGAUAGUUGAUAAUAUUUUUUUGGGGGGCGAUUGGGCAUUGGCUGUUGAGCCUUCUCUCAAAAGAACAAGUUAUUCAGGAAGAAAUGGCUAGAAGAAUAAGGAGUAGCUUGUUCAAAUAAACACUGAAGAAAUCCCUCUUUGGUCUGGAGAAGAGUACGUGGUGGUUGCCACCACAUCUCCAAGGAUACCCAUGUAGAGGACAAUCUCUGCAACCUAAUGAAGGGAAUCACUCACGGGGGUCCUCGGUUGUGCCAGGUGCUUUAUGAACAUUCUUAUUUAACUCCCACUCCCUAAUAUAGUUAUUGUACCCGUUUUACAACUAAGAACAUUAAAUGGCUAGGUUGGCCCACCCAAGGUUGUCCUCUCAGAGCCAAAGCUGAGACUGGCAGAUGACCAGGAGUUUUAGGAAGGAAGGAAGGAAGGAAGGAAGGAAGGAAGGAAGGAAGGAAGAAAGGAAGAAGGAAGGAAGGAAGUGUUCAGUUGAGUGUAGGGUCAUUUUCAAUGACAAAAACGAAAACUGGAAUCAGCUGGUUUGUGGGUAAUUCCAUGUUUGGUCAAGGGGCAUAGAGGCAAAAUGUGUGUGUGUGUGUGUGUGUGUGUGUGUGUGUGUGUGUGUGUGUGUGUGUGUGU